GGCCGCCGCCUGCUCAGCGCUGCCAGCCGCCGGGCCAGGCCGAGGCCUCUGAGGCGGCAUGGGGGCGUCCGCGCGGCUGCUGCGCGCCGUGAUCAUGGGCGCGCCGGGAUCGGGCAAGGGCACCGUGUCGUCGCGCAUCUUGCAGCACUUCGCGCUGAAGCACCUCUCCAGCGGAGACCUGCUGCGGCGGAACAUGCUGCAGGGCACAGAAAUUGGUGUAUUAGCCAAGACUUUCAUUGACCAAGGGAAGCUCAUUCCAGAUGAUGUCAUGACUCGGCUGGCCCUGCAUGAGCUGAAAAAUCUCACCCAGGAAAGCUGGCUGUUGGAUGGUUUUCCAAGAACACUUCCACAGGCAGAAGCCCUGGACAAAGCUUAUCAGAUAGACACAGUGAUUAACCUGAAUGUGCCCUUUGAGGUCAUUAAACAGCGUCUCACUGCCCGCUGGAUUCAUCCAGCCAGUGGCAGAGUCUACAACAUCGAAUUCAACCCCCCCAAAACUGUGGGCAUUGAUGAUCUGACAGGAGAGCCUCUGAUUCAGCGUGAGGACGAUAAACCUGAGACAGUGCUCAAGAGGCUCAAGGCCUAUGAAGCCCAAACAGAGCCAGUCCUGGAAUAUUACCAGAAAAAGGGGGUAUUGGAAACAUUCUCUGGAACAGAAACCAACAAGAUCUGGCCGCAUGUAUAUGCUUUCCUACAAACAAAAGUUCCACAAACAAACCAGAAAGCCUCAGUUACUCCAUGAGAAAAAAACCGUGUAACUAGUAAGAUGAGCAGAAGAAACUCCUGUGCCUUUGGCAACUUCUGUUUUCUAAGACUCAAUCAUGUAUGAAUUCUUUGAAAAUUGUUUUAUUUCUACUGAUUUUAUUCUGGGUAUUAUUAAGGAUGUGCCAAAUGAAUCAGAUACUAAAAUUGAUCUUUUGAAAUUGUCUAGUAUGUUUUAUCCAUUUAUCUUUUAUAGGUGUGCAAUACAAAAACACCAGAUAUACUGAAACUUAAAAAAAAAAAAAAGAAAAAAAAUAUUUUUUGGUACCGGAGAUUGAACUCAAAAAAGAGUAAAAUUAAAAGAGCAAUUGGUAGUAAUCUUUUUGUUCAGUUCAGUAUUUGAUAAAUCAAAUUUUCAUAUUUUCUGGAAAAGUAAAAACAUUACAUCUCACUUGGGGAAAAUAUCAUGGAACUUUUGCAGUGAUGAAAAAAAAAAAAAAGACAUCUUGUAGUCCUGUGGAAUAUGGUUUUGUGAGACACUGUAUCUAUAGUUUCCUGACAUAAAAUUACAGAAAAAAACCCUGAAUUUAUAGAUCUAUUGCAAGAUGCAAAUUCACUGUUGCCUUUACACUAAUAAACAUGUAAGCUAGCUAAAUAUGCUGUAGUCAUCAGACAUAACUUUGGUUUACUCAGAAUUUUCAAUUUGCUAUAAAAAUAUAUCAAUUAGCAUAUAAGAAAUUACUUUUAGCUUAUUUUCUUUUGAAAAUUCAUUUGUGCUGAGGGAUACGAUUUGUCAAAAAUGACAAAAUUCUUAAGAUUGGCACCAACAGUGAAUGAAUUUUUAAUGGAAAAUAUGAAGUCAGGUGUUCAGAUGUUACUUAGGUUAAGAAAUACAGGAUCUACUUGUCACUUUCGUUUUAAUCCAAAUAUAUAAUUUGCCUUGACAAAUUAUAGUACAAAGAAAAAAUAAGAGUUGGCACUAUGUAAAGUAAGCGUACUUUGUUAUUAAGGAAAUAUAGAUACGUAUGCCAGGAGGAUACUCCCUUGACAUUAAUACAACCAUAAUUAGCAGGUGUAGCAAUAAAAAUAGGCAUAGUAGGUUAAAAAUGAUCAGGAAAGUAACUGAGUUCCCUAAAGAUCAUUAUUCCUGAUCAAAGAAAGAUACCUGCUAGUGUUCACUGUUAUACGUCAAGAGGAAAGAACUCUGCUGGUGUCCUUUGAGCAGCCAUUUAAAAUCCUAAACCAUGUUUCCUUCGUAGGGCAACAAAUGCUCAUGUGUUGUGGCCAGGUGGAAAAUGGGGCCAUCUGAGAAGUAGAGGAAAAACCCAUGUGAUACUCUUUAUUUUACUUGGUGCUAAAACAAAUGUAUCAAGCACUUUUACAAGCUGUUAAUUGACCUUUAAGAAUUUGGCCCAUUUUAUUCCAGGCAUUUAAAAUACAAGUCCCAGCCAGUGGUCCUUAUGUAUUGGACCACUGGGGGAGGCAUAUAUUUUCCUUUUUUAAAAAUUCAUUGUUAAUCUUUCAAAAUGGAUCAAGGUUUUUAAAAGGAUUCCAGCCACUAGUUCAUUCAUGCCUUAUUUGAAUGUUAGUAUUAUGUGCUUUCUAAAAAUGUGAACUACCGAACUUAUUAUCACUAGGUUAUCAGGCACAUGAGUUUCUACUAAAAUAAAAUUUAAGUACUGUGCUAUUACUUUAUCUUUGAUAAUUCACAAGGCUCACUCUACCCCACCCUUCUGUUGCCCUGACUUUUCUCAUUGGCUUCAUUCUAAUAAAUUGUCUUAAAACAGUACA